UGGAAAAAGAAGCAGUCGAGUCUCCCGUGCCUUCUCCCUGCAACCACCCUGAUUGCUUCUAUCCACACAGCAUGUCGAAUAGAAGAAGAGCAUACCCACAGCCAGCCUACAACCCAAACUUGGGGGCGGUUCAAUCCAACCCCGGCACUCCGCAGGCAGGAGGAGUAGCUCCAAAUGGCUUCCCCAUUGUGAACAAUAACAACAACAACAACCUGCUGAGUAGCAACACAAAUGCACCAUACCAGGCCUCGCCUUACGACCAAUUGAACCAGGGAAUGGGUGCGAUGUCCUUGAACAACAACGGCUACCAGCAGCCAAUGCAAUCACAGCCUUUUCUUCAACAACAGCAACAGCAGCCAUUGCAGCAACAAUCGGUUUAUUCUGCAGCUCAACCUGUAAAUACCAACGCGCUCAAUACCAACCUCCCAUAUGGCGCACAAGCCCCAGGCAUGGCGGUCGGCAUCAACGGGAUGCCAAGUGGCCAAUUGGACGUCCAGAUGAACGCUUUGUACUCAACAGACGUGAUGAAAGACUUACCUCCUCCAAUUCUUGACUUGCAAUUCCCUCCCCCACCAAUCAACUUGCCAGCAAGUGCUACAGUGACCUCUUCUCCCGAAUCAAACGUCCAGCCAGACUUCAUUCGUUCAACCUUGAACGUCGUUCCCAGCUCCAGCUCUUUGUUGAAAAAAUCGAAAUUACCUUUUGCAUUGGUGAUUCGUCCUUACUUAUCCUUGACGGACGAGGAGUCUCCCGUUCCAAUUAUCAACGACGGCAUCAUCACAAGAUGUAGAAGAUGUCGUUCUUAUUUGAACCCUUUCGUCGAAAUCAGACAAGAUGGUUUGAAGUGGAAGUGUAACUUCUGUGCUCUCUUGAACGACUUGCCAGCAGCUUUGAAGUCAAAUUCACUUCUCAAUAGAUACGAGUUGAACUAUGGUGUUACCGAAUUUAUGGCAACUCCAGAAUACAUGGUGAGAGCUCCUCAAUCCCUCAACUUGGUUUUUCUUUUGGAUGUCACAAGAAACACCAUCCAAAACGGCCUCUUGGCCACCACUGUUAGAACAAUCUUGGACUCUCUAGAUAGAAUUCCAAACGAUCAAGGUAGAACCAAUGUCUGUUUCAUUGGUGUUGACAAAAGAUUGUCCUACUUUUCAAUUCCUCCAGAUUCUGACUCAUCUAAGGAUAUCUCGAUGAUGGUUGUUGCACCCCCAACUGACGACGACGAUAUAAUCAUACCUUCACCAGACGACUUGAUGGUCAACUUGAAAUACUGCAGAAACAAUAUUGAAAAGCUCUUGAGUAACUUUUCUUCCUACUUCAUGAGUAACCAAUCUACAGAUUUAGAUUUGGGUAACGCACUUAGAUCAGGUCACUCGCUAUUAGAGAAAAUCGGAGGUAAGAUGAUUGUUGUUUCAUCCACAAUGCCAAACAUCGGUAAGGGCAAAUUGACCGUUAGAGACGAGGUUUCUGUUGCUGGAAAAUCCAAAGAAUCUACAGCUUUGUUGACUGCCAACAAUUCUUUCUACAAGAGUUUUGCCAUUGACUGUAAUAAAUCUCAAAUAACUGUCGAUAUGUUUCUAGCAAGCUCGACUUAUCAGGAUGUUGCAACAUUGUCCAACUUGACGAAGUUCACUGCAGGUCAAACCCAUUUUUACCCUGCAUGGAACGCAUCCAACUUGGAGGAUAUCACCAAGUUUUCUAAAGAAUUCUCCAACCAUUUAUCCAUGGAAAUUGCAUUGGAGGCAGUCAUGAGAAUCAGAUGCUCUGACGGCUUGAAGGGUAACGCGUACUUUGGGAAUUUCUUCUCCAGAUCCUCCGACUUGUUGUCCUUCCCAUCUUUCCCAAGAGACCAGUCCUAUGUUGUUGAAAUUGGUAUCGAUAAUGAUGUCAGAAGAUCCGUCGUGUAUUUCCAGACUGCCGUUUUACACACCACUUGUCAUGGAGAUAGAAGAAUCAGAGUUUUGACUUUGGCACUACCAACUUCCAAGGAUUUGACCAGUGUUUACGCAUCUGCCGAUCAGUUGGCCAUUACCAACUAUUUUGCCCACAUUGCUGUCGACAAGACGUUGACCAGCUCAUUGGACAGUGCUAGAGACUACUUGAACAAAUCCAUUUUAGAUAUCCUCCUCUUGUACAAGAAGGAGAUUGUUGCCGGCAACGUUGGCUCCUCAUCUCCGUUACAGCUGUCGACCAACUUGAGAAUGUUGCCACUAUUAGUCCAGUCCUUAAUCAAACACAUCGCGUUCCGGAAUGGUAUUGUUCCAAGUGAUCAUAGAGCUGCUGCAAUCAACAAGAUUGGAUCACUACCCCUACCAGAGCUCAUCCAGUACAUCUAUCCAAGUAUUUACAGUUUACACGACAUGCCAGACGAAUGCGGAUUGCCAUACGAAGGAGAAGAUGACUAUGAGGACAUUAUUCCAAAGAUACACGGCGAGACGAUUCUCCCAGAAUGCAUCAACGCCACGUUCAACUACUUACAGAAGUACGGAUUGUACUUGAUCCAGACCAACAACGAGCUUUUCCUCUACAUUGGCGGGGAUUCUGUCGAACAGCUAUUGCUUGACGUUUUCGGCCUCUCCACCAUCGGCGAGAUCUUGACAGGCAAGCACGAAUUGCCAGAGCUAGAUAACGAGUUCAACAUUAGGGUGAGAAACAUCAUCAACAAGAUCAGAGAGGGCAAGGGCAGCAUCAGAUACGAGAAUCUGUACAUUGUUGUUGGGCCAUCGAGCAACGAGAGAGCGAUUGGCGGGGGCAACGAGAUGAGCAGAGACCUGAUUGCCUUGAGAAUGUGGUGCAUGAGCGCCUUGGUCGAGGACAGAAGCAACAACGUCCUUGGCUACAAGGAGUUCUUAGGACAAUUGAAGAACAAGAUGAACUCCUGAUUCUUUUUGUCACUCAGUUACGCACUCAGUCUGUUAGUUAGUUAGUUAGCCAGUAUCUAGUUGUCUACUCGUAUGUCUGUUUGUUAAAUAAUAAUAGUAAUAAUAAAAUCAUGAAGAAAGCAAGACCCAG